UUAACAUGUCAAAUCAAUUGUCAAAUUAAUUAUUAACCUAAAAAAGUUUUUCAAUUUUUUAACGUUCAUGAUAUCGGGAAAAUUAUUUAUUUUGUUUAAAGUUUGGAAAGUCUACUAAACAAUAAAAAUAUAAUACACAGUGCGGUGCUUUUAAUAAGGUUUUUUUAUAUUUGUUUUUUACUUCUAAAAUGUCAUUUACCAAAGUACGACCAUUGAGUACCCUACGCACUUUCCAAGCUUUUAACGCACAGUGUAGGCGACAUCUUACAAACAACUCAACCCCAGAAGAACCUGCAAAACUCGAAAAAACAAUCAAUAAUGUCACACUCUUGGGCAGAGUAGGAGCAGAACCACAGAAAAAGGGAUCAGAUCAAUUUCCGAUUGCAGUAUUUUCGUUAGCGACUCAUACAAAUUACCGCUACGAAUCAGGGGAAUUCUUACAAAGAACAGAAUGGCAUAGAAUAGUGUGUUUUAAACCUGGCUUAAGAGAGACAGUGUUAACUUAUCUAAAAAAAGGCCAACGAGUUCAUGUAAGUGGAAAGUUGAUAUACGGUGAGGUAAAACAAGGAGAUGGUAGUACAAAAAAUACAACAUCCAUAGCGGCCGAUGAUAUUAUAUUUUUUCAAUAAAGAACUGUAAUCUCAAUAUACCUUGUACAAAAAUAUUAAAAGAAACGUAGCUUUAUUUUUAAACA